AUGAACAUGAGUAGAAAAAAGGGAAACUUGAAUGAAAGAGAUAUUGAAGAUUAUCUUAGUAAGUUAGAAGGCGGUUGGCUCUCAGAAGAUGGCCUUGAUGACCAAGAUUCCGAUGAUGAAAACCGCGAUGCUGAUGAAGUUAUAAGAGUGAUGCAGGAGGAGAACGAUGAUGAUGAUAAUGAUGUGGAUGAAACUGCUGACAUUGAUCCUCCUCUUGUAGAACCAGAAGAUCAAGAAUCCUCUCACCCAUCAACAUCAUCCAAUUUGCAAAAUGCUCAAGAAAGAGGUGGACCUAAAAAGAGUUUGCUUACAAUGGGCCAAUUCAGAAAUGAAUUGGCCUUUGUGCUAUGCACCAGAGGGACCACCAAAGAAGCUAAAAGAGGGCGUCCUAGUACCAGUUUACUAGAAGAAGAACUACAAUAA